AUGACGUCAAUUCCCGGCUGGUUCUGUAUCGCCUUCGUCCUGCUCGUCCUCUUCUCCGGCAAUGCCGCCGUGGCGACUGAGUUCGACUUCGGGACGCUGACCAUGUCCAGCAUGAAGCUCCUCGGCGACGCCCGCCUCAGCAACGGGAGCGUGCUCCUCACGCGCGACGUCAGCGUCCCGUACUCCGGCGCCGGCAGGAUCCUGUACUCCCGGCCGGUGGCCCUCCGUGGGCCUGGGGCCCGGGACCUCGCAAGCUUCUCCACCUUCUUCUCAUUCUCCAUCUCCAACCUCAACCCUUCCUCCAUCGGCGGCGGCCUGGCCUUUGUCGUCACGGCGGACGACGACUACCUCGGCGACUCCGGCGGGUUCCUCGGCGUCACCGGCGCUGGUCCCCGCCGCAGCUCCGCCGUCGUGGCGGUGGAGUUCGACACCCUGAUGGACGUUGAGUUCAAGGACAUUAACGGCAACCACGUCGGCCUGGAUCUCGGCUCCAUGGUCUCCGCCCGCGCCUCAGAUCUGGACGCCGCCGGCGUCGAUCUCAAGAGCGGCGACCUGGUCAACUCGUGGGUCGACUACUCCGGACCGGACCGAUCCAUAGAGGUGUACGUCUCCUAUUCCAACCUAAAACCCAAAAGGCCCGUCCUCACCGCCGCCCUCAACCUCUCCGACCACAUUCCCGACGACUUCGCCUUCGUCGGAUUCUCCGGAUCGACCCAAGGCAGCACCGAGACCCACGCCAUCGAGUGGUGGAGCUUUAGUUCAUCCUUCAACGAGAGCCCAUCUCCGCGGGCCCCACCGCCUUCCUCUCCAUUAAUAAACCCCUCCGCCGACAGCAUCAUCCCGCCACCUCAGCCGCCAUCCAAUCCUCCGAACGCCACCUCACCCGCCAUCCCGGGCCGAACCAGCGCAAGAAAAUGCCACAGCCCGCUCUGUAAAAACGGGCCGGGCCCAAUAAUCGGCGUCCUCACAGCCAGCGCAUUCCUCUUCGCCUUGUGCGCCCUAGCCCUCGUCUGGGCCCACCACAAAAAACCACAGGCGGCCCGCAAAACCACCACUGAAACCCUCGGCUCGUACGUAAUCAAAAUGCCGAAAGAAUUCAGGUACAACGAGCUCCACAUUGCCACCAAGGGUUUCGACCCGACCCGUGUCAUCGGUCGCGGCUCGUUCGGAACCGUGUACAAAGGCAUCCUUCCCACGACCCGCGAUUUAGUCGCCGUCAAACGGUGCAGCCACAAAGGACAGGGGAAAACAGAGUUUCUAUCUGAGCUCUCGAUAAUCGGGAGCCUCCGGCACCGGAACCUCGUCCGACUCCAAGGCUGGUGCCACGAGAAAGGCGAGUCUCUCCUCGUCUACGACCUCAUGCGAAACGGGAGUUUAGACAAAGCCCUUUUCGAAUCAAAAACCGUGCUUCCGUGGGCCCACCGGCGCAAGAUCCUUCACGGCGUGGCCUCGGCACUCGCGUACCUUCACGGGGAAUGCGAGGCCCGAGUGAUCCACCGUGACGUGAAGACGAGCAACGUGAUGCUGGACGAGGGUUUCAACGCGAGGCUGGGGGAUUUCGGGCUGGCCCGACAGGUGGAGCACGACACGGGGUCGCCGGAGGCCGCCACGGUGGCGGCCGGGACGAUGGGUUACCUGGCGCCAGAGUAUGUGUUAACGGGCCGGGCCUCGGAGAAAACGGACGUGUUCAGUUACGGGGCGGUUGUGCUGGAAGUGGUAACUGGGCGGCGGGCAAUCGAGCGCGCGACCCCGAAUAGCAAUCUUGUGGAGUGGGUGUGGAGUUUGCACCGGGAAGGGCGACUGGAGGAGGCGGCGGACGGGCGGUUGGUCGGGGUGGACGUGGAGGAUGUGGGCCGGGUGCUGAAGAUUGGGCUGGGUUGUGCAAAUCCGGAUCCGGAGGCCCGCCCCGGGAUGAGGGGGGUGGUGCAGAUGCUGGCGGGGGAGGCGGAGGUGCCGGAUGUGCCGAGGGUCCGGCCCGGACCGAGCUACAGCACGUCGGACCUUUUGAUGACGUUGCAGGACAGCGUGUCGGAUUUGAACGGGACGACGAUGAUGAUGAUGAUGAUCGAGCUGUCGACGAGCUCCUCGUCGGAGAAUGGUUUUGAUUUGGUCUGA